AAUGAAAGGGUCACCAUGCAGAACCUGAAUGAUCGUCUGGCCUCCUACCUGGAAAAGGUGCGCUCACUGGAGGCCGCCAAUGCUAAACUGGAGCUACAGAUUCAUAAGUACUAUGAGAAGAAAGGACCAACUGGCCUGAAAGAUUACAGCCACUACUGGGCUACCAUCAAUGACUUGAAAGACAAGGUCAAAAAUGCCACCAUCAGCAACGCCAACAUCAUCAUAUAGAUUGACAAUUCAAAGCUGGCUGCUGAUGACUUCAGGACAAAAUAUGAGCAUGAGUUGAUGAUGCGGACAUCUGAGGAGGCUGACACUGCCAACUUGCGACGCCUUUUGGACAAGGCCACCCUGACCAAGGCCGACCUGGAGUUGCAGAUUGAAGGUCUGCAGGAUGAGCUGGCCUACCUGAAGAAGAACCAUCAGGAGGAAUUGGCAGCUCUGAGGUCUCAGCUGACUGGCACUGUGAACGUGGAGGUUGAUGCUCCUCCUCAGCAGGACCUGACAAAGGUUCUAGAUGAAAUCUGUGCCCAGUACAAGGCCAUAACAGAAAAAUACCGCAGAGAGCAAGAGGAAUGGUUCAAUGACAAGUUGGCAGCACUGAAUAAGGAGGUGGCCACCAGCACAGAGACUAUCCAGACAUCCAAGACAGAUAUCAAAGACCAGAGACAAGCACUGCAGGACCUGGAGUUCGAACUGCAGUCUCAGCUGAGCAGGAAAGCAGUACUGGGGAUCAUGCUAGCAGAGAUAGAGGCAGAGCACAGUGCUAUGCUAGCAGGUUACCAGAACCAGAUUAACAUGCAAGACGAAAAGUUGGCCCAGGUGCGAGCCAACAUCGAGCAGCAGGGUCAGGACUAUGUCUUGUUGCUGGAUGUCAAGAGCCGUCUGGAGCAGGAAAUCGCAACCUACAGGAGCCUCCUGGAAAAGGAGGAGUCCAGAUAA